AUGAAGCCAAAGAAAAGACAAAAUCAAGCAAAUAUCCCUCAUCGCAAUAAAAUAGAAAAAGAGUUAAAAGUGCUUGACGAAAAUCCUAAUGAAAUCAGAGUUUUAAAACAGAAGCCACAAGCAAAAGCUCAUUUGAAAAUUAAAACUGCAAAGCUAGAACCAAAUCAAAAUUAUGUUCAAUGUUCUACUUGCUUAAAAUUAUCUAAGCUGAUAGCCGAAUCCUCUUGUGAGCACUCACAAUGUUCAAACUGCUUUCGUAAAUACUUGAUUUCUUUAAAACUAUCAAUUUUAGAAGAAAACAUUCCCUGUUCAGUAUGCAAAUCUAAGCUUCCGAUGCAAUAUAUCUACAAUAUUUUAGGGAAUAAGGAAUCAUUUGAAAAAAUCCAAGCUGAUGUUCUAAACCGAGAAUAUGCUCAAUACGAUGAACCUAGAGAAGUCCCUAAAUUUCAAUGCCUGAUCUGUUUAGAAAACUUCAAUAUUGAUCAGGGCAUCACAUUGUCAUGUGAUCACCGCUAUUGCACCAAUUGCAUUAAAGGGCACAUCGAAAGCCUGAUAAAUGAAGGAAAAGUUACAGAAGAAGACAUGAAAUGCCCCCAAUGCCCUGCCCCAAUAACCCCACAAGAAGUAGAAGGCAAUGCCUCCAAAGACAACUUUAAUCGAUAUUUAGAGUUUUCAAUGCGAAAAUUCAAACCCAAAGGUAAAAAUUUAUUUUUCAAGCAGUGCUUUAAAUGUGACGCACCGAUGGAAAUUUCUGUAAAUGUCAAAGAAAUUAUUUGCCCUGGAUGUCAUAGAGUUUACUGUCCCCAAUGCAAUAACAAGCAUACAGGCAUGACCUGUGAAGAAUUUGAGAAAUCAAAAGAAGAUAAAAAGAAGCAGGAAGAAAUCCCAAAGAUAGAAGACAUGGUUCGGUGUCCUAAAUGCAGAAACGGAAUAUUAAAAGAGUCUGGGUGCAAUUUUAUGCUGUGCCGAUAUCCUGACUGCAGAAAAACAUAUUUCUGUUUUCUCUGUGGAAAACAACUACAAAAAAAACACCAUUAUUCUCAUUAUAAGAAAAGUGGACCUUUUGGAAACUCCUGCAACACCCAGGACCGAAUAAAAGAUGAUUAA